AUGAAACGACACUUCGAAAACGUUCUAGAAAUCCAAAACGAACAAGACGGUUGCUGGGUGUUAGCCUUUCGAUAUGAUAUGAUGAUGCGUCAGACUUACAUGGUGUUUAAAGUAGGACCGGAGGGUACUGAAAUGGCUGAUAUCGGCGUGAGAAACCCAAGGAUUUACCGCUUAGCAGAACGCGACACUAUUCGGUACAACGAUGACAUGUACCUCGACAAUCCUUACGCAAUCACGGGUGCCAAGUCCUUCAUCGACCCCUUCGAUGGGUCCAACUGGGCAGAAAUUGUGUUAAAGGACAUGUUUAGUCGUGGUUUACGAAAUGAUCUUAGGGAGCAUGCUUUACAUUUACCUGAUUGGAAGAAGUGUACUACGUUGGAAGCUCGGCAAGAAUUGGCUUCUUUGGCAUCUGAACAACUUCAUGAUAUCGGUAUUCAUCGUGCAACUUACGGAUCUUCGCAGCCUUUGCAAAAGGUGGUAUCUUCUCCUGUGGUGGUCAACAUUCCUCGUGAUCCAAAUGCUAUGGAUAUUGAUGUGUUUGAAGCCUUAUGA